ACUACGAUUGCACUCAGAAUAGAUUGUGCAAAAGCAAUCGAAAUGACUGACAAAUUAGACACGGCACAAUUCAACGACGACGAACUGGAGGCCCCGGCUUGGCUGAAUCCCAAGUUUAUAGGAGAGAUUCUGAGCAAGUACGAAGACGCCCCGGAAUUGAAAGUGAUUGAUCUCAAAAUCACACCCGCGAGCUUGCAGGGAGAUCACUAUGCCAGUGUUAUGUUCCGCACCAAAGUGGAUUACACAACCGCACAGGGAAAGUUCUUCAAACCGCUGAUCAUCAAGACGAUGCCGGAGCAGGAAGGACACAAGAAGGACAUGCUCAGCGAAUCGCAUCUGUUCGAAACCGAGAUCGGGAUGUACUGCCAGGUACUUCCCGAAUUCGAGCGAAUUCUUCGAGAGGCAGGAGAUAACACUAAGUUAUUUGUGCCCUGCAUCUACCACAGCUUGGAGCCGAAUAUGGUGAUGAUAUUCGAGGAUCUGGUGCCCCUGGGAUACUCCGUUAUUCGGGAUCGUCCUGUUGCACAGGAGGAACUCAAAACCGCCUUCUCAAAACUGGCCAAAUGGCACGCCGUUAGCAUGAAAGUUAUUAAGGAGCGACCCGCCUUUCUCAAGGAUUUCAAAUAUGGUUUAUUCGAUAUGCCUACUAUCCAGAAUGAUCCUUUUAUAACUACUGGCAUGGGUAGCUUCAUAGAAAUGCUGGACAAAUUACCCGAGCUGAAAAAGUAUAAGCCUCAUUUUGAAAAAAUUAAAGAUACAUUUUUGAACCGACUGCAAGUUGAGAUGCAAGAAUACCAGAACAAUCGGCGAAAUGAUGCGUACUAUGUCCUGUGUCACGGCGACUUUCAUCUGCGCAAUAUGAUGUUUAAGAACAAUUCGGAGACAGGAGCCCACGAGGAUGUCAUGCUGGUUGAUUUUCAGAUCAGCAACCUCUGCCCUAUUACCGUCGACCUAACAUAUUCCAUCUAUAUGUGAUGGAAUCAGAAGUUGAUGGAAUCAGAAGAGCGACGGGAAAUGGGAAAGGAAUUGAUCAACUACUAUUUCACAGUUUUGGUAGCGACCCUUAAGAGCAUUCAAUACGACGGUGAAAUGCCAACCCAAUCUAAACUCUGGGAGCAGAUUCAUCGAAACAAGUAUUAUGAUUUCUUUUUGAUCAGCACUUUUCUCCCACUGAUUCUGGCCAUCAAAUCAAAUAGUUUUAAAAUGCACGAUUUGAUUCAGAACCCGGAAACUCGCCAAAAGACCUAUUUUUUGGAUACAUACGUAAAGGAUGUUACCAAAAUAUUGCCCAAAUUCGAAAAACUGGGCUACUUCAAGGGUCUUUAAUUUUUAAAUUGAUUCAUAAUACCAAAAGUUGUAAUAAUAAAAUAAGCCAACCUGUUAUUUGUUGAACUAACAUCUGCAAUAAAGAAAAACUAAAAGAACAAUACAAUUUCUUUUAGAAAAUAAAAUGAGUAAGUAAAAAAGUAUAAACAUUGAUCAUUUAAUAGUAGAGUGUUUCUAAAAGCUGUUAUUAAAUAACUCUAUUUGCUUUAUA